GGAGGUGAAUGCAAAUUAUGUUGAUAUCUAUAAAUCCUCUUACAUUGUAAUAUACCCAUUGUUUUGGGUAUUGGGUAUGGUUUCAUAGACGAUUUAUAGGAGACGGAGAGAAAAAGGAGCCCACAAGCUCAGGACAGUAGUGUGGUGGAGAGAUUACUAGGUAGCGCCGGGCAUCAUCGGAUCGAAGUGGACGAUAUUCAAUUAACUUAAAAUGGCGACUUAGACUGCUGCUCUGCUUCGCUUUCUAUUCCUCUAAUAUGGACCAUUCUGUUCCCAACAACUGCGAUCGAAAUGCAUGUUCUUCUUCGACGUGGACUCUCCCCGCCCCAGCCCUCUCUUCCUCUUCCUCUUCACCUCCCGACGAUAUCUCUCUGUUUCUUCAACAGAUUUUGCGGCGUUCCUCUUCCUCUGCUCCUCACUUCUCUCUUCUCUCUCCCUCUCCCUCCAUCUUUUCCGAGCUCACCUGCAACAUUAGAGCCUUCACCCCCCCAACCCAUAACCUUCCCCCUCCAUACGGACCGCCCAAUGCAGUGCCGGACGAGAUCUCCGCCGUCGAUUCCUCAGAACAAUUUGCUAAUUCCCCAUCAUCCGGUGUACUACAUGAUCCCUUGCGCACUUUUCCCACAUCCAUUCCACCCAACGCGUCUUCUACGUCGGUCGGAGCUAGUGAUCAUAACGAAAACGAUGAAUUUGACUGCGAAAGUGAGGAGGGUCUGGAGGCAUUGGUUGAAGAGCUGCCUACAAAGCCCAAUCCUCGCAGCUCUUCCAAGAGAAGCAGAGCCGCUGAAGUUCAUAAUUUGUCUGAAAAGAGAAGGAGGAGCAGAAUUAAUGAGAAAAUGAAAGCGCUGCAAAAUCUGAUCCCCAAUUCUAACAAGACUGACAAGGCCUCGAUGCUAGACGAAGCAAUUGAAUAUCUGAAGCAGCUUCAACUUCAAGUUCAGAUGCUGUCGAUGAGAAAUGGCUUGAGUUUGCAUCCUAUGAACUUGCCUGGAAGUUUGCAAUAUCUCCAACUUUCUCACAUGAGAAUGGACUUUGGUGAAGAAAACAGGUCAAUUUCUUCUGACCAAGAAAGACCUAACCAGAUCUUUCUCAGUUUGCCUGACCAAAAGGCUGCCUCCAUCCAUCCUUUCAUGUCAGACAUUGGAAGAACUAAUGCAGCUGAAACUCCAUUUGAAUUGGUCCCGCCCAUCCAGGCUCACCUAGUCCCUUUUUACUUGAGUGAGUCCUCCAAAUCUAAGAUUUGCAGCAGAGAUUUACUGCGAGAUGAUCACCAGGCGGUGAAUGUGAAUGUGAGCCAAUCGGAGACAACUCCCUUAGUAUCAUGCCCCUAUAACAUACCAGAGACUCCUGAUUUACAAGGAUUACAGAAUGGCCUCUCAGUGGAACCGUGCAUCAUUGAAGGAAAUCGGUCUGGCGUGCUUCUGAAUUACACCCCAGAGCACAGCCUCGUAUUCCCUUCCCCUUUUAAUGGCAUCAAACAAGAAGACCGACUGAAACAAUAGAGCUGCAAUGAUCAUCAACAUUGUUGACAUUUUCUGUCACCCUCCAUAUUCUUACUCUCUUCAAAUCAUUCACGGGCAUGGGGAAAAAUUGUUGCUUUGAGCUGCCUAAUUUCAUUGUGGAGAGAAUCUGCGCAGUUCUCUUGUACAAAUCUGCAUUCAAGUCUACUCAUUGAUUUUUCUCCAUCAUUAUUUUACGAGCUGAAUCGUUUUUUCCUCCCAUCUUUUGGGGCUUAGUUACGUUUCCUGUUUCUAAUAUAUGUAUUUGAGUUGGAAUUCGGAUUAGAUAUGAUGGUUUUUGCAACUAUCUUGUUCAGAUUCCCAUUUAUAUUAAAACUAUAAAUUGUAGUUUCUUUGUUAUGUAUCAAAGCUACGUGGUUUAAGAGUAUUACUAAGAAAAUAACUUGUUGAUGAA